AUGGCCAAGGCCAAGACUUACGAUGGCCACAGGGACGCGGCACGCAGCGCAGGCGCCGGCAGCGGCGACAAUGAAGAGGAUAUAGGUCUGCUGUCUGCGGACGCCGGCCUGGACGACCGCAACGUAGCCGGCGACGAUGACGACGAUAUCAUAGUGCACCCCGGGGGCGCCGUCAGCCCUCCCGAUGCUGCGGCGACAGACUCCCAGAUCCCUCGGACACCACGAACACCAAACCGCGUGCGAUUCGACCUCACGCCCACCGUGGCCAACUUUCCCGCCCACGGCCGCAGCAAUGGCUCUGCAAACGGCCACGCGGGCGGCCCGCCGCGGGACAGCUUCGACACGGACGACGGCGACUUUGACUUUGACGACGACCCGCUCGGCAGCCCCGGGGCCGCCCAUCGCACGCCGCUCCUCACAGACAUCGAGGCGCCCUCGGUGGCGCUGGCGAACUCACCGUGGAUCGACGGCGAUGUGGACAGCUGGGCAGAGGCGGAACGGGCGCGGCCCAAGAGCGGCCUGCGCUCGGCGUUCAUGAAUAUGGCCAACAGCAUCAUCGGGGCCGGCAUCAUCGGGCAGCCGUACGCCUUUCGGCAGGCGGGCCUCCUGGCCGGCGCGGUGCUGCUGGUCGGCCUGACGGUCGUCGUCGACUGGACCAUCUGCCUGAUUGUCGUCAACUCCAAGCUCAGCGGCGCCAACAGCUUCCAGGGCACCGUCGAGCACUGCUUCGGCCGCACCGGCCUCAUCGCCAUCAGCAUUGCACAGUGGGCGUUUGCGUUCGGCGGUAUGGUGGCCUUUGGCAUCAUCAUUGGCGACUCGAUACCGCAUGUCCUCACCGCUAUAUGGCCGAACCUACGCGACCUUCCAGUGCUGGGGCUGCUGGCGGACAGGAGGGUGGUGAUUGUUGUAUUUGUACUGGGAAUCAGCUAUCCCCUGACGUUAUACCGGGAUAUUGCGAAGCUUGCAAAAGCGAGCACACUUGCCUUGAUCAGCAUGCUUGUCAUCAUCCUGACAGUUGUGAUACAGGGAGCAUUGACUCCCAAGGCGGAGAGAGGCUCAUUCUCCACACCUCUUCUUACGAUCAACGAUGGCAUAUUUCAGGCGAUCGGCGUUAUCUCCUUUGCAUUUGUCUGCCACCAUAACUCUCUUCUAAUCUAUGGAUCUCUCAAAACGCCCACGAUCGACCGCUUCUCGCGCGUCACACACUACUCGACCGGAGUGUCGAUGCUAGCAUGUCUGCUCAUGGCCCUGGCGGGCUUCCUGACCUUUGGCGACCGCACGCUGGGCAACGUGCUCAACAACUUCUCCCCGGACAACACCAUGGUCAACGUGGCGCGGCUGUGCUUCGGGCUCAACAUGCUGACGACGCUACCCCUCGAGGCGUUUGUCUGCCGCGAGGUCAUGUUCAACUACUACUUCCCCGGCGAGCCGUUCAACAUGAACCUACACCUCAUCUUCAGCACCAGCCUCGUCGUCUCGGCCAUGGCCCUGAGCCUGAUCACGUGCGACCUGGGCGUCGUGUUCGAGCUCGUCGGCGCCACGAGCGCCUGCGCCCUCGCGUACAUCCUGCCGCCGCUGUGCUACAUCAAGCUGGCGACGCGGUCGUGGAAGACAUACCUCGCCAUGGGCAUUGUGGUUUUUGGAUGCGUUGUCAUGGGCAUCAGCAUGCUCCAGGCUAUCGGGAAGAUGAUCAGAGGAGAGGGAGGUAGUGCUCAAUGCAUGUAG